AUGUAUCUAAUUCAUGAAAAGUCUCAGGCUGUUGACCUCCUUGAGGUGUACAUAACUGAAGUCGAGAGACAAUUAGAUAGAAAGAUUAAAAUAGUGAGAUCAGACAGGGGUGGCGAAUAUUAUGACAAGUCUAAAGGGUACAAAUUUUAUUGUCCUAAUCACAGUACGAGGAUAGUGGAGACUGGUAAUGCUAGAUUCCUAGAGAAUGGUGAAAUUAGUGGGAGUGAAAAAACACGAGUGGUGAAUUUCGAGGAAAUUAGGGUAGAUGUGCCAACAUUUGACCCUUAUCGAAAAAUUGUUGUUCCUCAGACUAUUCCACAGGCUGAGGAAAACAAACAACAUAAUGAAAAUCCUUCACCAUCUCAUGUUUCACCACUUCAUGAAGAUACCACCAUUGAAAAUAUUGAAAAUGCAGUUGAUCAGUGCAUGUAUCUGAAGGUUAGUGGAAGCAAGUUCAUUAUUUUGGUGCUAUAUAUGGAUGACAUUUUGUUAGCUAGUAAUGACCUUGGCUUAUUGCAUGAAACCAAGGAAUAUCUCUCCAAGAACUUUAAAAUGGUUAAUAUGGGUGAGGCAAACUAUGUUAUUGGCAUAGAGAUCUUUAGGGAUCGAUCUCGAGGAUUGCUAGAACUAUCUCAGAAAGGAUAUAUUGAUCGUGUUUUGGAGAGAUUCAAUAUGCAGUUUUGUUCAGCCGGUGAUGCACCCAUCACGAAGGGUGAUAAAUGA